GUGUCAUGUGACCUAGCGAAACGCACGUCCCCACCCAGAAUCCUUGCCCCUCCCAGCGAGCAGGAGCGGUGGGCGUGGCCAGGACUCACAUCAGGACCAGAAGCUGCGCCCGACGGAAAGCGACAAACAUGGCGGAGAUGAGCGGAAUCACCUCAAGCUUCGAUAUAUCUCCAGUAGCAGCUGGGUUUGUCGGAGCUGCUGUUCUGGUGGUCUCCGUCUCAGUGACGGUCUUCAUCUGGACUUGUUGCCAUCACCAGGCACAGAAGAAACUGAAGAACCCACCGUACAAGUUCAUACAUAUGCUCAAGGGCAUCAGUAUCUAUCCCGAGUCACUGAGCAACAAAAAGAAAAGCGUUAGCAUCCAGCGAGACAAACCCCCUUCCGAGAGCGAUGCUGCCCAGAAUAACCUGGUGAGUGACCAUGGAGAGGCUGGUUUGGUGAGGUCUGAGAAGGGUCUGAAUGGGCUGGUCACUGCCACCUGCACAGACCAUCUGCCUAUUAAUCUACAUUAUGGGGUUGAAUUCAGCCCAGGGCAGAGCCUGACUUCCAGCGGCAGCAAAUCUUCAUCCCCAUCAUCUCCAGAAGCCGAUGCUACCCUUGGCUCUCUCAGUCUCUCUGUGGAUUAUAAUUUUCCCAAGAAAGCCCUGGUGGUCACCAUCCAAGAGGCUCAUGGUCUCCCUGUUAUGGAUGAGCAAUCUCAGUGCUCCGACCCAUUCAUUAAGAUGACCAUACUGCCAGACAAGAAGCAUCGCGUCAAGACCCGGGUCCUUCGCAAGACCCUUGACCCAGUGUUUGAUGAGACCUUCACUUUUUAUGGUAUCCCAUACAGUCAGCUCCAGGACCUGGUACUUCACUUUCUCGUUCUGAGCUUUGAUCGCUUUUCUCGCGAUGAUGUCAUUGGGGAGGUUUUGGUUCCUCUUGCAGGGGUGGACCCCAGCACUGGCAAAGUACAAAUUACCAGAGAUGUCAUCAAGAGAAACUUUCAGAAAUGCCUGAGUCGGGGGGAGCUGCAGGUGUCCCUCUCUUACCAUCCGGUGGCCCAGAGAAUGACCGUGGUGGUGCUGAAAGCCAAACACCUGCCCAGAAUGGACAUCACCGGCCUCUCAGGUAACCCGUACGUCAAGGUGAACGUGUACUACAGCAGGAAGCGCAUUGCCAAGAAGAAGACGCAUGUUAAGAAGUGUACGAUGAAUCCCGUCUUUAACGAGUCCUUUAUCUAUGACAUCCCCGCCGAUCUGCUUCCAGACAUCAGCAUUGAGUUCCUUGUCAUCGACUUUGACCGCACCAUUAAGAAUCAGGUGAUCGGCCGGGUGAUUUUAGGCGCUCACAGUGUUACCGUCAGCGGAGUGGAACACUGGCGGGAGGUCUGUGAGAAGCCAAGGAAGCCAACAGCCAAGUGGCAUUGCCUGAGCGAGUACUAAGGGGCUCUUCUUGGGACCGUUUGGGUGUAUCACAUGGAGAGUGGGCUGGAAGGGCUGAAGCCAGUGCGGCAGAAAAGGUCCAUUUUGUGUUUCCUCGUAUAACCCCACCAGUGACCAGGGCACCUUUCCACGACUGGAGGUUGGCCCAUUGCAGAUGGUGUACACCUCGUAUUAGUGCUAGAUGACACUUUUUUAUAGGCAGUUGGCUCUUACAAUAACAAGCAGGACAUUCUAACCCUAAAUAUUUACUAAUCUCUACGUAUGUAUUCCUAUUCAGGACUAUACUCAAUUGCAUGUUUACCACACACUGGCCUUCUCAACCCCUUCUAGAAGUCCAUAUUGAUCCUUAUUAGCCCUGCACAUGUUAGGCGCGCUGUGUGGCUUCCUAGAGAGCACAUUGCUGGGGCCGCUGGAAGUCGAUAGCAAACGGAUCUGCUUCUCACUGUUGUACAGGGUGGCAUUGGUACUCAUCGAGCCUGUAUAUUACACAGCAUUGUAUGUGCUUGUGCUCCUUUCUGCCUUGGACCAGCUCAUAUGUAUAUUAUAUGGGACACUAAUCCGUGGAUACUUUACAGUUCAUAAGCUGCAUCUCCAUAUUGCAAACGUAAUAUUCCUCAAUUUCUCAGUCACCCGUAGCAAUAAUGUGUAGCCCCUCAUUCUAAGCACUGUACUCCCAUGAAGUCCUUGGACAUGGUGAGGCUGUGGCAGUGUUCAUACAGGGAAUACAUGGUUUCACAGGCUUUCCUAGUUCCCAUUAGCUCUGUUUGCCUUUCAGCUCCCAGUCAAGCCGUGUUUAUAUGUGCAAUAUUUUCUCUUGCCUGCGUAAUAUACAUUAUACAAUUAUACUCCCCAAAAGCAACAUUAUUAUGCAAUAGAACUGUAUUCUAGUAACUAAUGGUUUUAGGGGAGAAAAACUCCCAGCAGCCUCUGGCUUAUUUAUCUAUAGUGAUGCUGAGUAUUGCUAUUCUGAAGUAGUAAGAUAUGGGUCACACUUAAAUGCCCCUAUCCAAAAUGCAUCAGGUGCCAGAAACUCCGCAAUUAAUAUAUGUAUUCUACUCCAAAAACACUAUUUACCUACUACUCUUGUCUGUACUGAAUCCAAUAAUAUCUCAUCUUAGAGCAAAGCUGGCAGCAUUUUCUAGAUGUGGCAUUACCAGUGCUCUGCAAUGUGGAAGAAGGAUCCUCUACUCCCACAAAUAUUCCUUUUGACAAAGGAGAAAACUGUGCUUUGUUUUCAUUGCACUCUGUGACUUCAUUGUGUGCACCUGUCCUGGCUGCUCACUUUCACAUGCUCUUUUCUAUUUCUGCUCUACGUCUGUUUCUGCUUUUUGUUCAAUGACUAAGCUUUGCACACUUUUUGCUCCAUGAAUGAAUAUUCUUGUUUUCUACUAUGCUCGCUUCUAGGUUCUCCAUGACCAAGCUCGCUUGUAGGUGCUCCGUGACCAAGCUCGUCUCUUGGUGUUCCAUGACCGAGCUUGCUUCUUGGUGCUCCAUGACCGAGCUUGCUUCUUGGUGCUCCAUGACCGAGCUUGCUUCUUGGUGCUCCAUGACCGAGCUCGCUUCUUGGUGCUCCAUGACUGAGCUCGCCUCUUGGUGCUCCAUGACCGAGCUCGCUUCUUGGUGCUCCAUGACUGAGCUCGCCUCUUGGUGCUCCAUGACCGAGCUCGCUUCUUGGUGCUCCAUGACUGAGCUUGCUUCUUGAUGCUCCGUGACCGAGCUCGCUUCUUGGUGCUCCGUGACCGAGCUCACUUCUUGGUGCUCCGUGACCAAGCUCGCUUCUUGAUGCUCCGUGACCGAGCUCGCUUCUUGGUGCUCCGUGACCGAGCUCACUUCUUGGUGCUCCGUGACCAAGCUCGCUUCUUGGUGCUCUGUGACUUGCAAUGAUAUGCUUCAUUGUUUUUUUAAUGGCUUUGUUCAUCUCCAGGCCUAUAUUUGCUUUCUCAUUGCUCUGCAAACUUUUUUUCCUCCACACUGGUCAUCUCAAAGCUAGCCAUACACGUGCAGAUUUUGUCGCACGGUGAACGUUCGGAUAUCGAUUGUAUGUUUUAAUACAACGAUCUAAAACUAACAUUCAGAUUUAAAUUGUAAGAUUAAACUAAGAGAAAUAGAUAUGAUGUUGUUCUGGCCAUUAAUUAUAUCCUGGAAAUAGUAGUGGUGGUCAUUCAUGCAAAGAUAUUAUUAUUAUAUAUAUAUAUAUAUACCUGUCCGAUCGACUAAAUGACUGAUCAAUAUGGUAUCAAAAUUGUAGGGGCAAUUAUUCAGAGCCCACACAUGGCCCAAAAAAGUGUAUACAAUAGUAGUGCCUGUAUGGCCAGCUUAACCUUGUUCUGUAGCUAAUCUUUAUUCCCUCUGUCCUUUAUGACUUACCUUUAUUCUCUCUAUCCUUUAUGACUUACCUUUAUUCCCUCUGUCCUUUAUGACUUACCUUUAUUCCCUCUGUCCUUUAUGACUUACCUUUAUUCUCUCUAUCCUUUAUGACUUACCUUUAUUCCCUCUGUCCUUUAUGACUUACCUUUAUUCCCUCUGUCCUUUAUGACUUACCUUUAUUCUCUGUUCUUUAUGACUUACCUUUAUUCUCUGUUCUUUAUGACUUACCUUUAUUCUCUCUGUCCUUUAUGACUUAACUUUAUUCUCUCUGUUCUUUAUGACUUACCUUUAUUCUCUCUGUUCUUUAUGACUUACCUUUAUUCCCUCUGUCCUUUAUGACUUACCUUUAUUCCCUCUGUCCUUUAUGACUUACCUUUAUUCUCUCUAUCCUUUAUGAUUUACCUUUAUUCUCUCUAUCCUUUAUGACUUACCUUUAUUCCCUCUGUCCUUUAUGACUUACCUUUAUUCUCUCUAUCCUUUAUGACUUACCUUUAUUCCCUCUGUCCUUUAUGACUUACCUUUAUUCCCUCUGUCCUUUAUGACUUACCUUUAUUCUCUGUUCUUUAUGACUUACCUUUAUUCUCUCUGUUCUUUAUGACUUACCUUUAUUCUCUCUGUUCUUUAUGACUUACCUUUAUUCUCUCUGUUCUUUAUGACUUACCUUUAUUCCCUCUGUCCUUUAUGACUUACCUUUAUUCCCUCUGUCCUUUAUGACUUACCUUUAUUCCCUCUGUCCUUUAUGACUUACCUUUAUUCUCUCUGUCCUUUAUGACUUAACUUUAUUCUCUCUGUCCUUUAUGACUUACCUUUAUUCCCUCUGUCCUUUAUGACUUACCUUUAUUCUCUGUUCUUUAUGACUUACCUUUAUUCUCUCUGUCCUUUAUGACUUACCUUUAUUCCCUCUGUCCUUUAUGACUUACCUUUAUUCUCUGUUCUUUAUGACUUACCUUUAUUCUCUCUGUCCUUUAUGACUUACCUUUAUUCUCUCUGUCCUUUAUGACUUACCUUUAUUCUCUCUGUGCCCCAUGGCUAUUCUGUAGUCAUGCCACGUACUGCUAGUUUCUGUGGUCAAGCUUUAUUCAGUGCUGCAUGGCUAAGCUCUGGCUUUUCUUUUUGCUUGAUGCGCAAAGUGUAUUGUGUUUGGCUUAGUCAUUGCUGAGCUCUUUCUUUUCCACUCUAGGGUCUGUACCAUGCGCAAGCCCUUCAUUUUCCAAUCAAGAGCCAGUGGGUUUGAGUUUUAUUACCCAGGAGAUGAGCAUUCCUUCUCCAGUAAAAGAUUAUGUUUUCCUCUGCCUUUUCUUUGUGAGCUGAUGAGCAACCAUUUGUGAUGGUGAAUAUAAAGUAGAAGAGGUCCAUGCUUUACACUCACUUCUCUACGUCUAUCUAAUUGCCCCCUAGAGUGCCUGAUACAAUGCCGUUGGUCCAAAGCCUUUGUAAGUGGAAAUAGAGUAAAAUGAUCCUUUUGGUCGGAUAUGUUAUGGUGCAGCCUGAUGAGAAGCACCUUUGUAAAUGGAGUUUUCUUAGGGGUGGAGGCUUAUUACCCAAAAAGGGAUCAAUGUAAGCACCUAUGCAAGUGCAGGGGGCUGGGGUGAGUGAAAUACAGAUACAUGAAAAAGAAUAAAAAUAAGAUGAAAAAUGCAGUCAGUUCCAAGUGACAAACUGAUAUUACAGUUAAUUGCAUAAUAAUUGUCACUGUCCCCCACUACAAAGUUUGUAUAAAGUUGGGGGCCACCUUUCUGCACUGCCCUCAGUCCCUGCUUGUUUAAUAGGCACCCUGUAAAAACAUAGGAAAUAAUAUGGGCCGUUUGUGCACUGUCCCCAUGAUAAACAACCCCACCCAUCAUCACCCAGGGAAGAUCCGGUUUCCUCUGCACCAGGAUUGUAUUUCUAACCCUUAUAUCAUUAUCCACAUGCUCCAAUGUAACUGCUGCCCCCUCCCCAGGUCUCCGGGGUGCUGCUUAUUAGGAAGAGCUGAGCGGGAGGCGGGGCUUCCCUGUUAGGAUGAAGGGUUCCCCUGGGAAUAAAUGAAAUAGAGAGAGAUUAGUGCAGUUCACUAGGUAACGUGCAAGAGCUGCAGCUUGACUGGGCCGGGGACCACACAUACAUACACACACACAUACAUACAUACAUACAUAUAUACAUACACAUACAUACAUACAUACACAUACAGACAUACAUACAUACACACACACAUACAUGACAUGGGGGUUGCAACAUGCCGUGCGUUGUAGGAUUCCUUUAGCAAAGUGCAAUAGAAGAGCCCCUACAAAGUGCCACAUGAGCAGACAGAAGACAUGUCCCAGUGCCACUAUAUAGUCCAUAUAGUGACCAGUUGUAAGUGCACAUGUGCCAGUCUGUGGGGUAUGUACUAUAUGUGCUAGUGCCUUGCUGUUCACUAGAAUAUCUCAUGAGAGCCUUUCAAUGUGGAGUGUAACGCUGUACAUUGUCACUAACACACCAAUAAACAUUCACUCCCA